GUCACAGCACUGCCAGACAUGGCGGCGGAUCUACAGCUCGAGUGGAUCUCUUGUCUCCCGUCUUCCUGGAGUUACGGGGUUACCCGGGAUGGACGCGUCUUCUUUGUCAACGAAGAAGCCAAGAGUACAACCUGGCUGCAUCCAGUGAGCAGCGAGGCAGUUAUAACCGGGCACCGGAAAACUCCAGAUCUGCCCACAGGAUGGGAGGAGGGAUAUACUUUUGAAGGCGCUCGAUGCUUUAUCAAUCAUAAUGAGCGGAAGGUGACCUGCAAGCAUCCCGUCUCAGGCUCACCCUCUCAAGACAACUGCAUCUUUGUCAUCAACGAACAUGUGAAUUGUGGGAAAUUGUGUCACCCAGCAUUUAGCAGAUCUGCCUCCAAAGUGCCGGCGAAUGAGAAGAAGGAGCGGCCACUGAGCACCAUGAACGAGGCCUCCAACUACGCAGGCAGCGCGGACUACGCUGCCAACCCCAGUAGUCCAGCAGGAAGACCCUCAAGACCGUCUAAAAAAGUUCACAACUUUGGGAAACGGUCAAACUCCAUCAGGAGGAAUCCCAGCGCUCCGGUAAUCAAGAGAAAUUGGCUUUAUAAACAGGACAGCACCGGGAUGAAACUGUGGAAGAAGCGGUGGUUUGUGCUGUCCGACCUGUGCCUCUUCUACUACAGAGAUGAAAAAGAGGAGGGAAUCCUUGGCAGCAUCCUCCUGCCGAGCUUUCACGUAUCCAUGUUGUCUGUGGAUGACCAUGUUAAUAGAAAAUAUGCCUUUAAGGCCACACACCCCAACAUGCGGACGUACUAUUUUUGCACUGACACAGCCAAAGAGAUGGAGUCCUGGAUGAAAGUAAUGACGGAUGCUGCACUUGUGCAUUCAGAGCCAGUGAAAAGGUUGGACAAGUUAAAAGUAGAGCAGUGUGGACCACAAGAGAUCAACCACGUGGCCAAUCACAGGCUGCCGCUGACGCAGCCUGAAAUCCAGAACAACGAGCGGAACCGCGAGGUCGACCGUGAGCGCACUGCAGCAAUCACUUCCACCCCGGACGAAGAGGAGAGGAAGCAGCGGGACGCUGAGCGCUACGGCUUCCAGAAGGACGGGGCAGAGCGCGAACGCCCACUCACCAAAAUCAACAGCCUGAAGCUGCAGCCGGCCCAGGCCGCGGCCGUCAAGGCCAACGUGGCCCCGUCGCAGCCUCUGACGGAAACCGACGGCCCCCAGCUGAACGGAUCGGGAGAGCAGUGUCCAGCUGACGGCACGGGAGGUCCCGCACAGCAAAGCCCCGCCCACGAGCAGGAGCGCUGUCUGAGCAGGACCAGCUCCAUGCAGCAGCUGGAGCAGUGGGUUCGCACACAGAGAGGGCGCAGCCAGGACGACGACACCCGGAGCAUCACAUCAUACCAGACGCUUCCCAGAAACAUGCCGAGCCACCGGGUUCCCUACAUGCCUCACUACGGGGACGGCUACCGCAGCAUGCCCAGGAACAGCAUGGCACAGAGGGACAGCAUCUGCAGCAUGUCGCCGUCGCUGUACGACCAGGCGCUGGGUCCCUCCAUGGCGGAGAAGCGCCGCUCCAUGCGGGACGACACCAUGUGGCAGCUGUACGAGUGGCAGCAGAGACAGGCCUACAGCAGGCACUCGGGCCUCUACAGCAAUAUGGCCAGCCCCAAAACCAUGAUCAAUCUGUCGGAGCACGCCGCGCCGAGCCACUCCAUCCCCCCGUCGCCAUCCCACGGCUCCCUCUCCAUGUACGGCGGCUACUCGCCAAUGCGGUCCUACAACAUGGGCAGCGCUCACUCGGAGGUUUCCUCUCCAGUUUACAGGAGAGACCUGAGCAUUGACAGACGGCACCGGCCACAAGUCAACAAGUAUGCCUACCCCCCUGACAGGAGGUCCAUGCCUGCAGGGAUCCCCAUCCAGACCAUCACUGCCCAGUCCCUUCAAGGCAAAACACCUGAGGAACUGACUCUGCUGCUGAUAAAGCUGCGGCGGCAGCAGGCAGAGCUAAACAGUAUCCGGGAGCACACUGUAGCACAGCUUAUGCAACUAAACAUGGAUGCCGACAACCCAAAGAACGACAUUCUCUCUCAUCACCUCCAAAGGAACCUCUUGUAUUUGGACAAUCAGAUGAAGGAAAAUGAUCCUUUAAUCGUCAUGACUCACACUUUGAUUGAGAACUCUGCCCCAAGGCCUCAACUUUACCAGCAAUUGAGUCCAGAAGACUACCGGGAACCAGCCUACACAUGCAUGCCAGAAGAAGUGGACAUUGAUACUAAACUGAGCAGGCUGUGCGAGCAGGAUAAGGUGGUGAGGACGCAGGAUGACAAACUUCAGCAGCUGUACAGAGAGAAGCACACUCUGGAGACGGCGCUGCUGUCAGCCAGCCAGGAGAUCGAGAUGGGCUCCGAUAACCCGGCGGCCUUGCAGAGCGUCAUCCAGCAGAGAGACCUGCUGCAGAGCGGCCUCCUCAGCACCUGCAGAGAGCUGUCCAGAGUCUCCGCUGAGCUGGAGCGGUCGUGGAGAGAGUACGACAGGCUGGAGGGAGAUGUAGCUCUGGCUAAGAGCAACCUGCUGGAGCAGCUGGAGGCUCUUGGGAGCCCUCAGACGGAGCCUCCCAGCCCGCAACACGUCCACAUCCAGAAGGAGCUGUGGAGGAUCCAAGACGUGAUGGAGGCCCUGAAUAAACACAAAGCACAGAGAAAUGCUGCGGAUGGGAUGGGCUUCUAUGGGCCCAAGGCCAACUUCAGUAAGCACAAGAAUGAGGAGGAGGACGCCGUGCCCCCACGGCCGCCCCUACCCCAGUCCUAUGAGCCCAACACCCCCUCUGUGCCCCCCAUGCCCCCUCACGCUGGUGCGCGACCUUCAUCACUCCACAGGCCAGAGGACAGGAAGGCCAAUCACAGGAAUAGCACGCACAGCCAGGGCCCCGACUACAGGCUUUAUAAGAGUGAACCAGAGCUCACCACAGUGGCAGAAGUCGAUGAAAGCAACGGAGAGGACCGAUCUGAGCACCCAGCCGACAGAGAGCACGCUGGAAACAAAGGGAUGUCCUACCCAGUUGGUAUUGUCCCACCCAGAACCAAAUCCCCAGUCCCUGAAUCCUCCUCCAUAGCGUCAUACGUCACACUGAGGAAGGGCAAGAAGCUCGACCCCCGGACGGAGCGACCGCGCAGUGCGGUGGAGCAGCAGCUGUGUGCGUCAGAGAGCGGCCGGCCCAGGAUGAGCGUGGAGGAGCAGCUGGAGAGGAUCCGGCGCCACCAGCAGGGCGCGCUCAGGGAGAAGAAGAAAGGCCUCAACAUCCGGGGUGGCAGCCUGGAGAGCACACCCUCUCGCAGUCACUCGUUUACGAAAGAAAACCAUCUGCGCAACAUCCAGUCUCAAAUGAGGCGCAGAGACGAUGUGAUGAGCAGCGACAUUCAGGAGCUGGAGGCCUCUCUUCGGCAGCAGGAGGUGGUGAGGGAGCACGAGACCCCGGCGGAGGAGAUCGCCCGGCUCAAGGAGACCUCGCAGGCCGACCACUUCAACGUGGACCGAGAGCUCUCUGUGCCUGACAAAGUGCUGAUUCCAGAGCGUUACAUAGAAUCAGACCCCGAGGAGGCUCUGAGUCCCGAGCAGGAGGCUGAUAAGCAGAGGAAAGUGGACCGCAUCAAGGCCCUCAUUGCCAAAAACAGCAUGCAGAACGUGCUUCCCAGUAUGGCUCUAAGCCCAGAGGAGGAGACCGAAGAGGAGGUUACUGUACAAGAGAAAGAGAAGAUGAUUAAUAUCUCCUACGAGCUGGCGGCGGAGGCCUCCAAACGCAGCAAGCUGGUCGCAGGUACGCCUCUAAAAACGGGAACGGAAAUGCUGCCAUCAUCAAACCUUGAAGUUACUACAAGAUUUAUGGCACCGCUUCCAACUGAACACGUAAAAAUAAAACCUACCGGAUCCGUCAGCUCCGUGAAGUCUCCCCGGAAGUGACCUGCUCAUUAAUUAUAAUCCUGAUAACAAACUAACACCUUUAUUGGUCCAGCACAUGUACAAACGGAUUUCACAUAAAAGAAAAGCUGCAAAAUUCAAAUUCUUAAUGAGUAAAGCAUCAGACAGAUAAACCUAACCCUCACAGGUAAAAUGAAGAAUUCAGAGUACUAUUUGACAUCGACGCUGAUUAUUGGACGGCAGAAGGCUAAUUUACCUCUAUUUUACAGCGUAGUCACAAAACUAAGCCGGCGUAAUGAGAGUCUAGCCCCCUUUUCGUAAAUCCAUAGUUAAUGAAGACACCGAGAGGUCAAGAAGUGGUUUUAGUCCUGCCAUUAAUCUCAUUAUCGUGACUAAACGCCACAUUCUGUGAGUGGGAGCCGGGGACGUUCCUCCUCUGACCCGGGUUCAAUUCUGACACCUCGUUUCUGUGUGUGAGGUAAAGGGGUUAAUUGGCAGGUCCCGGGCUUGUGAGAAGGUUUAUUCAUAUCCUCUGAUAUCUCAGAGAGGAAUUUAAGGAGAGUGUUGCCGGUGAAGGGAGGAGAGAGCGAUUAGUUCGGACCAAGAAAUGCAUGUGAUAAAACCAGAUACUGAAGUGUGCAUGCUGGGUAAUUUUCUUGUCAUUUUUUUGUCUCACUGCUUUCUUACAAUGAUGUAUUGUUUAAAAAAAUAAAAAAAAAAAUAGGAGGAGGAGCAGUUUUAAUUUGCAUUUCAAGAAUAAGGCUGAAACAACUUGAAGUUGAAAUUCCAGCAUCAUUCUGCAAACUUCAAUUAACUCUUUUUGUUUCAUAUAUUUUGAUUCAACUCUAUAAAAAAAAUAGACUGGACGCCAUAAAAAACACAGCCCACCUUUAUUAUUUAGACAUAAAUCCUCCUAUUUUUUUCCAAAUGAGGCCCUAAUAUGCUGUUGUAGUCUCCUCACCAUUUCACUGACUUCAGUAUUUAUUUCUGUUGACUUGUCGGCGUGCGUGUGCUCGUGUUGCUCACCAUGUUGCUGUUUCGUUGCAGUGAAAAGCCUGUCAUCCUCUUCCCCACCCCUUCCACAGUCUCCCACCACACCCCCUCAGCUCACUGAUGGCUCUCACUUCAUGUGUGUGUAGUAACACCAGUAAGGGCUUUCAUCAACCUGUUUCUCUUCAUUACUAAAGUGUUGUCACCGUUGAAUUUUUGUGUCUCUGUGAGUAAAACCAAGCAUGGCAGAACGAAGGGUAGAUUUCAUUUUGUUCAUGAUGAGUUUGCAUGUUUUCUUGUCUGCUGAUUUCACAUUUUGUCUCUCAUGUUUUGACGUUUCUCAUAAUCUCUAUCGAGAUGAUUCAGUCUGAUGUGUAAAAGCACUUUUCAGUUUUUCUGUGAUACGACUUCAGUACCUCCCGCCCUGGCGCUGACCUCUUGUCUUGUCCUCCUGCAGCUCAGGCUUUGGCCUCAGUGAAAACCUACACAUGAAGGAACCCGUGUGGGAGUUUGGGAGCAGCUCCUGAGGACAACACCCCCCCCCCCCAAAUCAAAGAUCAGCACAAGGCCACGGCCUACAGAGAGUGAAACUGCCCCCCCACCCCAUCUCCACACACUCAGGGGUCUUGACCUCUGACCUCUGUAUGCUCACUGUGACAUCUCCACCUCCUUUGCCACUAGCAGCCACAGUUCUGGGACAUCUCUCUGUUAUCGUUCACUCGGGAGACAGCACUCGUUUAUAUUUUCAGUUUGUAAAAGGAUUUUAUAUUCAUUUUUAGUGUUUUAUCAGAUUUUAAUGUCUGUCUGUACAUAGAGGACACUAACGGAGCCUGAGCUCUCAUGUGAUCAAUAUAUUUUGGGCCAUGUUUUCCAUUUGUGUUUAAUCGCUCUUCAUAAAACAUGUUUCCAGAGACUUUUACUCCAGUUCACAAAGUUUCGUUUCUCAGACGUUGGCCGAUCCCCAUUUCAUCAUAUUUAUUCAUUUAUCGUAAAAAUUCACACCCAGACAGAAGACGAGUAGAUAAGAGACAAAUAAGCCUCCGCUAUAUGAAAGGAGAAGCCUCUUUAUUGCUGCAGACUCAAGUUAUUUGUCAUUUCUCACAUUUCUGGGACACGGUUAUCUAAAAAUAGGAUCUGCAGUCCAUGGCGCUUUAUUGCCAACACAUAUGUGAAUGUUCAGACUUGAGUCACUCUAUACUGUCUUUUUUUAACGCUGAGAGAUAUAUUUAAACUGAGAGAAGGAUAAAAAAACAAAGUUUGAUUAUAUUUUAUGAUAUGCUGGUUUGAAGCCCUUGGAUCUAAAAUAAGAAAAAGCAUUAGCAUGUGUAAAGAGCAAUAAAAAAAAAAUUGAAAAAAGCCUUUGUGAACCCCGACAUAAAUAAUUUUGUGUGUGUACAAAGUGUAAUUAUAAGAGGUUUACUGUGUAUAUAAUGUACAUGGUAAAGCUGGAUGGGAGGAUGUGUCCCAUAUAUGGUUACAUAAUAGGUUUGAAUUGCAACUGUUCAUAUCCCAUCUGUUUUAUAUCAUGUUAAAUAAAUGUUGCUGUUCUUAAAAUGUGGUUGUGUUCAUGUAU